AUGGCAGAAGAAGGAGAUGCAAGGCAAGACGUGAAACCAAAGCAAGGAGGCUUCACAACCAUUCCAUUCAUUCUUGCAACUGAAGUGUGUGAUAGAAUAGCAUCCAGUGGACUUUAUGUGAAUCUGAUAUCAUACUUGAGCCGUGACAUGAACAUGCCAUUGGCUCAAGCAGCCAACACCGUCACCAUUGCCAAAGGCACUGCAAGCUUCACCCCUGUCAUUGGUGGCCUCAUCUCUGAUUCAUUUGCAGGAGGUUUCUGGACAAUCACAUUUGGUUCCAUCUUCUAUUUGCUGGGUCUUAUAUUCCUCACAAUUUCUGCAAUCCUUCCUGCACUCCAUCCUCCACAUUGUUCUGCCAAUCAGAAAUGCCAAAAGGCUUCACCAUGGCAAUUGUUCUUUCUUUAUAUAUCGCUCUUGCUGACCUGCAUUGGCUCAGGAGGUAUUCGGCCUUGUGUAUCGUCUUUCGGUGCCCAUCAAUUCAACCUUGCAGGUCCAAAGAUGGAGCAUCAAAAGAGGACAUUCUUCAAUCUGUAUUUCAUCUGCAUGAGGUUUGCUACAGGAGUUGCACUCAUUGUUGUUGUCUAUGUUCAAGAUAAUGUUGGUUGGGGAUGGGGAUUGAACAUUCCUACAAUUUGUAUGUUUGUAUCCAUUGUUAUAUUUGUUGCUGGUCAUUCUUUCUACAUCAAGACAGAGCCAAAUGGAAGUCCACUGACAAGAUUAGCACAGGUUGUGAUUGCAUCCAUUAGAAAGAGGAAUCUUGUUGUCAACCCAAAUGAAUCUAAUUUUCUCUAUCAGAACAAGGAUCUGGAUGCUGGAAUUUCCACCUCUGGAAUGCUUCUUCACACAAAUAAACUCAUGUGUCUGGACAAAGCUGCAGUGGUGGUAGAGGGUGACAAGAAAAUCAAUGGCCAGCCAAAGCUUUGGAGACUCUCCACAAUACACAGAGUCGAAGAAUUAAAGACGAUAAUCCACAUAAUACCUAUAUGGGCUGUAGGUAUUUUAUUCAUUGCAACAGCAUCAAAUAUCGGCUCUUUCGCUAUACAUCAAGCAAGAACAAUGCAACGAAGACUCUCUUCGCAUUACCAAAUCCCCCCUGCAACAAUGUCGAUUUUCCUAGACAUCUCAACAAUUGUCACACUAGCAUUCUAUAGUAAACUACUCGUUCCAGUUGCUCGCCGCUUCACUAAAAGGCCGUCGGGUAUCACUUCGCUGCAACGAAUGAUCAUUGGUGUGGUUAUUUCUAUGGUUUGCUAUAUAGUUGCUGCAUUAGUUGAGAUCAAAAGGAAAUCAGUUGCCGCCGAUCAUGGCCUGUUAGACAAACCGAAAGCCGUAAUACCUAUAAGUGUGUUCUGGUUGGCACCUCAGUAUAUUAUAUAUGGUAUGGCAGAGGCUUUUAUUUCUGUAGGUCAGAUGGAGUUCUUGUAUGAUCAAGCACCAGAAAGCAUGAGAAGCAUUGCUGUUGCACUUUACUGGUUAGCAAUUGCUAUUGGUGAUUAUGUGAGUUCAGGAAUUGUAGCUCUAGUUAGUCAUUUAACAAACAAGGAAGGAGAUUGGAUCCAGGACAACAUUAACAGAGGGAAAAUAGAUUACUAUUGGUGGCUAAUGACUGGGAUUGAAUUUGUAAAUCUUGUUUUUCUCAUCAUUUGUGCUAAGUUUUAUAGUCACAAGCAAUUGGAGAAGGUGGUGCCAGAGAAUGGUUCAAGUGAAGAGAAGAUUUAGCAAUAUAAAUUCUCUUUUCUUCUUCUUCCUUGGUUUUUUUGUAAUU